CAUUAUGAACCGGUUAAAGUCAAAGACCAUUCUGCCUAGUCUCAAAACCAUAGCGAAAACAAAAUUUUAUAUUUUAUCAUCUAUGAAUAAUGAAUUUAUCAGAUUGUCGUUGUCAUUUGUCAAAUCAAACGUGUAAAUUGUAAUACACACGAAAUAUGGGUUUUACUAUAAUUUAUAAUAUUUUUAUUGUGAUUUUCUUCGUCACAUUACAGCUAUACAUUUGCCAAGGUGCUAAGUCGGAAUUUGUCACCUGCGGCACAAUAUUGAAAAUAAUGAAUACUGAUUUGCGGCUCCGACUUCACUCACACGAUGUUAAAUACGGGUCUGGCUCGGGCCAACAAUCAGUCACAGCGGUGGAUGUUACCGACGACAGCAACAGCCACUGGCUUGUCAGGCCGGUGAUGGGAGAAACAUGCAAAAGGGGUGAGCCAAUCAAAUGCAACACAAACAUCCGUCUUCAGCACAUAGCAACCAAAAAGAAUCUACACUCACACUAUUUCUCUUCACCACUCUCUGGAAACCAAGAGGUGUCAUGUUAUGGUGAUGAUGAUGGUGAAGGUGACAGUGGAGACAACUGGACUGUUGUGUGCAAUAAUGACUACUGGAGGAGGGACACACCCGUCAAGUUUAAACAUGUGGACACAGGAGCAUUUUUGGCGGGAUCGGGUCGCACAUUUGGUCGACCUAUCAGUGGACAAGGAGAGAUUGUAGGUGUCAGUUCUCAGUAUGGUGCAUACACAGACUGGCAAGCUAAGGAGGGUCUGUUCAUCCAUCCAGGAGAGCUACUGCCCCACCAGCAUGCAGUGCACACAGAGUUAUAAUACACAACAUUUCAACUUUAGUACAUUGUGAUAAUUUUGUAUAUUUUUAAUUUAUUUAGGGAGAAACAUAAAUAGGUAAUAUUUAUUUUUUCUCCAUGAUGAAGAGUCAUCUACCAUGAUUUGGUUAAGUGUUCCUGGGGGGAAAAUAAAGUAACAAAUAUUCUACUUGCUCAUGUGUUAACUUUAUCUCAAAGGCUAUUUAAAAUCAUUAGAAUGCAUUUCAGGCAUUCUUCCCACCCAUAAUAAUUGGUUGCAUUAACAAUUGAAUAUAAAACAAACUAGAUUACAUGUAAAUAUAGAAGAAAUUAUUAGUAAAAUAUAUUGUAAUGUUUCACUGCCGUUGUCAUUCACCAUUUACACUGAGCUAUCCUUACAGUAGGUGAACUAUUAAUCAUAAACAAAAUGGUGCAUUGUACAGUAUUUCCACAGCAAUAAUGAUAAUUAUCAAGUUCCUUGUAUAUCCCAAAUACAAUUUUAAUAAUUGGAUACAGUUUAUUUUGAUAGAAAAUUAUAUUAUAAAGUGAAAGUUAAGUUAAAAAGCAGUGUUACAGAUACAUCACUUCAAAUGCACUGUCGUGCUCGAUUUGUUGCUAUCGUAAUAAUGACCGAAUAAAAUGUUGAAAA